AUGCCGUAUCUCAAAGCAGUUUUACUGGGUCUCGUGGCUGCAAGCACCACGCUGGCCGGCCCAAUCGUACGUCCCGGGUCUGUGGAUGUACCACGAGCGGUCAUGCCCCGCGACAGCAGCACGGCCGAUCCGAUCUCUGUGUCGCUGCCGGUGCCGGUGAUGGACGGGCAAAAUGACCAAGCAGCCACUGCCAAGUCUGAGCUUGCGGGUGACGACUCUGGAGGAUUAGAAGCCCGCCAGGUCCGCGCCGCACAACCAAAAAAGGGUGGAACACGAGUAGUCACUGGGGGCAGACCACGCGGCGGCGGGACAACAGUAAUAGCAACAGUACCCAACGGGCGGAACACACGGGGCGGUGCUAGAGUGAAUCCGGGUAUCCUCAACGCGGUAUCUGCCCCUGCGUUGCCUGUGACAUCCGGCACAAAGAUAUCGGGGGUCAUUCUGGAUAAUAGAACUGAGGAUGACCAGACGGAUUCUAAACAAGGAACAAACUUUGAAGUACGAGUUGCAGUCCCCGGGGGGAAAACAAACGGUGGUGGGGGGAGAACGACAAAACCAAAGUCGACGACGGCGACAACGACAACAUUGACCGUAAAGCCAGAGAAGAUAUCCCCGGAUGUCAUUGCGCAGAUAUCUCGACCUGCGCCAUUGGCUAUCACCUCUGGUAGAAAAAUAUCAGACACCACAAUUGGGACUGUCGUGUCUGGCAAUCCUAAUACAAAGACACCGGGCUCUGUAUUUGCUGUUUCCUUGCCUAAAUAG